AUGAGAAAGGACCAAACCCUCGAUUUUUGCUGCAAAAGGAUUGGGCUGCGAAAAGUUGAAUUAGCACAACGAAACCUUGAAGGAAGCCAAGGAACCACUUUUCUCUUUCGAAUAAACGAUACCUCAAUAUUCUGUGGGGGAAGUAAUUGGAUCCCUGCUGAUAGUUUUAUUCCCCGUGUCUCGUCACAACGAUAUGGUGACUGGCUUAAGAUGGCAGUUGAUGGGAAUCAGACCAUGCUUCGCGUCUGGGGUGGCGGUAUUUAUGAGCAAGAUGCAUUCUAUGAAGCAUGUGAUGAAUACGGACUACUUGUCUGGCAAGAUUUCAUGUUUGCGUGUGGAAACUAUCCUGCCCACAGAGAGUUUCUGCAGUCGGUUGAAAAGGAAGCAGAGGCUAACGUCAAGAGACUCAGGCACCACCCGUCUAUCGUUAUUUGGGCUGGUAAUAACGAAGACUAUGCCUACAGGGAGAGUGAAAAGCUACAAUAUGAUCCUUCUGAUACCAAUCCCUGCAACUGGCUGAAGACUAAUUUCCCUGCCCGCUAUAUUUAUGAGAAACUUUUAGUGGAUGUGACAAAGCGAUUUACGCCCGAUACGUAUUAUCACUUUGGCUCCCCUUAUGGUGGAGAGACCAGCAGUGACCCAACCAUUGGAGACAUUCAUCAAUGGAAUGUCUGGCACGGGACACAGGAAAGGUAUCAAGACUUUGAUAAGCUGAGCGGUCGCUUUGUGUCUGAGUUUGGCAUGCAAGGUCUCCCGAACAUAGGUACCAUUGAUAGCAUGCUUUCAAUGGGUAUCAACGACAAGGAUAGAUACCCAAACUCCUUUACUCUAGACUAUCAUAACAAGGCGGUUGGCCACGAAAGGCGCUUGGCUACAUACCUGGUCGAAAAUAUUCGGUACCAGUUUAGUCCGUUGGAGCAAUAUCUACAUUGCACGCAAGUAAUGCAAGCAGAAUGUGUCUCAACCGCUUUCCGCCUAUGGAAGCGUCAAUGGCAAGGCCCAGGAAAGGAAAAUUGCGCUGGAGUUCUAGUAUGGCAGCUCAAUGACUGCUGGCCAGUGAUCUCAUGGUCAAUCGCUGAUUAUAACCUACGACCAAAGCAUGCGUACUUUGCGAUAAAAAGAGAACUGGCCCCCAUUACUGUCGGGAUAAAACGUCCUAUCCAGCAGGCUUCACUUGAGGGUACCGGAUCAGCCUCCUUCACAGUCGAAAUAUGGGUGACUAACCUCACCUUACAACCUUUCACUGGAAAAGUACAGCUCCGAGCCUGGGAUAUCGUCAGUGGGCAACAGACACACUUAGAGAAUAUUAAGGAAGAAACUGCAUUUCCCGCGAACCGAACUAUAGAACUAGGGAAGGUGGAAAUCCAAGAAGCAGUAGAAGGCUCGGGGAAACCAUCCCAAACAGUGGUUGCUGCAUAUCUCAUCCAGGAUGGUCGGCAGAUUGCUCGUUUUGUCAACUGGCCAGAGCCUCUGAAAUAUAUAGAUUUUCAAGUUCCACGCACACCAAAGAUAGCGCUUUCAGAAGACAAGCGUCUUCUUCGAUUAUCUGCGGAAGUUCCGGUGAAAGGGCUCGCCGUCUUUUCGAAUUCAGAUGAUGUGGUUUUUGAUGACAAUUGUGUAGACCUCGUUCCCGGAGAGACUAUCUCAAUUGGUAUUCAUGGGUUAAAGAGCGGGAAGGUAGAGGAACUUACUUUGCGGUAUAUGGUGUGA